UUGGCUUGCACUCGUUGCCUUCGCUGGUUGGGUUGGUUGCACAAAUUGUGGACUUUGUCAGCGAGACAAUGGCUGAAGGGAAGAGUGCGGGUGCAAAAGGCUUCGUUGACAGCGCCGUUCACGUGCACGUCAAGGAUUAUUAUGGCAAGGUGCUGAAGAACUCCUCAGACUUGAAGACCAAUGCCUGUGUGGCUCCAUCCCAGCAAAUCCCUGCCUUCAUCUGCCAGGCUCUGAAGAAAGUGCACCCUGAGGUUACUGCCAGGUACUAUGGCUGUGGUCUGGUGGUGCCAGAGUGCUUGGAGGGCUGCAGGAUACUGGACCUGGGCAGUGGAAGUGGGAGGGACUGCUAUGUGCUGAGCCAGCUGGUGGGCGAGAAGGGCCAUGUCACUGGCAUUGACAUGACUGAGGACCAGCUUGAAGUGGCCAGGACAUAUUUGGACUAUCACAUGAAAGAGUUUGGCUACAAGAAGCCCAAUGUCAGUUUUGUCUGGGGCUACCUUGAAGCCCUAGGAGAAGUGGGUCUGGAAAAGAGCUCAUUUGACAUCAUUAUCUCCAACUGUGUGGUGAAUCUCUCUCCAGACAAGAAGCGAGUGCUGGCUGAAGUGUACAGCGUGCUCAAGGAUGGUGGUGAGUUGUACUUCAGUGACGUCUAUAGCAGUGGAAGACUAACAGAGGAGAUUAAAAAACACAAAGUCCUAUGGGGUGAGUGUCUUGGUGGAGCGCUGUGGUGGGAGGAUCUGCUGCGAUUGGCUGAAGAAGCGGGCUUCAGCCCACCACGGCUGGUUACAGCCAGUGGCAUCACUGUCGACAACAAAGAACUGCAGGAAAUUCUAGGUGACUUCAAGUUUGUCUCUGCCACAUACCGCCUCUUCAAGGUCCCUAAAGGCAACACAAAGACCAGUCAGGUCGUAUAUAACGGGAACAUUACAGGAGUAGAGGACAGCUUCCAGUUUGACUGUCAGUACACAUUCAAGGUGGAUGAAGUGGUGGAGGUUGAUGGAGAGGUGGCCACCAUCCUGUCCCAUUCCAGAUUGUCAGAGGACUUUACUUUCCAGCCACCGGGUGGCCCCUGCGAGCUCCGCAGAGUCAAACCUAAGGCAGGCAUUGUGGAUCCUUUCGAGCUGGUCCUUCAGCUGGAGAAACAAAGUCUGGGUUCAGCCACAGGGGGAUGCUGCAGCACACGGUCUGCUGCCUGUUGCAAAUGAUGGUGGGAGGAGCACUGAGAAAUACAGGCCCAGCAUCAUUCUGUGUAUGCAUAAUAAUUAACAGUAAUUCAAAUGUACUGUCUUCGUUUUGCCGACAUGCAAUGUCAUUAUGUUGUGUCUUCGUAACAUUUCAAAUGAGAUUUCAGCAACUUAAUCCUUACUUACACAUAGAUGUGUCUUGUCUUUGAUGUUUUUACGCACUUCACAGUCAUUCUCCUGGAAAACAGAAGAUGCAAUGAAUUUAAUUUAUUGAAAAAUAAUGUUGCAUCAAUAAAAUUACUUUGGCUUUAUAUCAAGGCAACAUCUAAAUAACACAAGAUUCCAAACUUGUACGUAAUCUUGAACAGUGUUGGACACUGCAAAAUAAUUUGGUUAUAUUUAUAAAUAGAUUUUUUUUCCAUUUGUCGACAGUCUUGGACAUCUAAAUUCCAUGUCCAUGUCAUUCACACCUUCAUCAGGACCUUUGCCUUAGCAAACAACACUAGUUCUGUUGUGUUACCUCUAACGAUAAUUGAUUUGUUUAGGCAGUAUAUUGGCAGGUUUUGCAUCUGUAUGAGCUUUGCAUCAGUGUUCUAACUAAUAUCUAUAUUGAUGUGUUAAUUAUUUUCUGUUAAAGGACAAUGGAUGUUGUCAAUCAACUGAAUGUUCCAUUUACAUUUUUGUACAUAUGAUAUAAUGGGUUCUUUACACCACUGCUGCAUAAACCAAGAACGAGUCUGCUAAAGAAUGGAAGGUGCAUAGGUAAUUUGAAAUUCAGUACAAGUCACUGAUUGAAAGACACCCAUUCUGAAACUAUAAAAUGUCGGCAAUGGUUCCCAACCUGGUUGUCACGGUACCCCAUGAGGUCCUAAGAAGGGAUCAAAAGAAGGAGAAAGAAACAUAUAUACAAGUAUGGUUCCUCUUUUUCUCUUCUAUGAUAUUCUUCAAAUUAAACAAUCUGACAAGGGAAAUGGUUCCUCUUUUUCUCUUCUAUGAUAUUCUUCAAAUUAAACAAUCUGACAAGGGAAAUGGUUGAACAGUUUAUAACUCAUAUCCAUGUUAAGGCCCUAAGCUGUGAUGGAAGAUCACAAGUAGACAGUGCUUUAUUUUAUUUCACUUGUCAAAACGUUUGGGAACCACUUCUGUAGGAGACAUAGUUUUGCAUGAAUGUAGGGGGAUUUAGGUGCAUCAGCAGGCCCUUAUAUGAACUGUGUAAUGCAAUGCAAAUAAAUAGAAAACGAAUUGCCAUGUAGUUUUAUCAACAUGAGAGUUUAAAUACAAAUGUGACAUUAAAAAAUAAUUUAUUUUGCAUUA